UUAUUCGUUAAAGCCGAAGUACCCCCCACAUCAGAUGGCGGCCCUCACCAACACAACCGCCGUAGCCGGCUCCCCUAAAAUUUCACCGGUUAAGGCUCUUCCGUUCUUUUCCUCCAGAUCGCUCUCCUUUCCCUCUUUCAAUCAAUCCAUUUCCUCACUCAAACCCUUAAGCCUCACCAAAUUCCCCACACUUCUCCCUCUUGAAAGCUCCCUUAAUCCCUCCCCUUCUCCCUCCCCGUCUUCUCUCAAAUCUCGCCUCCGCGACGGUGAUACCCUAUACGGCAUCUUCCUCCUCUCGUUCUCCCCCACUUUGGCCGAGAUCGCCGCCUUCUCUGGCUACGACUUCGUAGUUAUCGAUAUGGAACACGGGCCUGGGGGAAUCAACGAGUCACUUCAAAUGCUCCGCUCCCUCACCCAGACCAACACCCCGGCCAUCAUCCGCCUCCCUGAGUCCUCCGAGGCUUGGGCCAAGAAAGCCCUUGACCUCGGCCCACAAGGGAUCAUGUUCCCCAUGAUUGAAUCCGCUAAAGACGCUAAAAAGGCGGUUUCGUAUUGUCGUUUCCCUCCCGACGGAAUCCGUGGAUCCGCCCACACGGUAGUGAGAGCUUCCAACUACGGGAUCAACGAAGGUUAUCUGAGUAACUACAUGGAGGAUCUGUUGAUAAUGUGCCAGGUCGAGACGGUGGACGGUGUCAAAAAAGUGGAGGACAUAGCUACCGUCGAAGGGGUCGACUGUAUUCAAAUGGGUCCGCUGGAUUUAAGCGCUAGCGUGGGUUACCUUUGGGACCCGGGUCACAAGAAGGUAAAGGAGGUGUUGAAGACGGCGGAGAAAGCAGUUCUUAAGUCGGACCCGAGAAACGGUGGUGGAGCCUUCUUGGGCGGUUUUGCAAUGCCUCAUGAUCCUCCGGAGGGGCUCGGAAAGCGCGGUUACCAUAUGGUUUCCGGUGCCGUUGAUAUUGGGCUGUUUAGAAAUGCAGCGGUGGAGGAUGUUAGGAAGUUUAAGAUUAGUCUGAAGGCUGAUUCCGAUGAUGAUGGGGAAGAUGAUAAAGACUCCGAUGAAAAAUAUUGGAGCGAAUAAAAUUGAUGUGUUUUUUUAGUUCGAUUUCCUCUUUGGUUGCAAUCCUUUGUAAGCAUUGAUUUCGUAGACGGCAAUGAAAUCAAGUUCGAGUUCGGUUCGGUUCA